CUUCAGGGGUUUUGGGAAAUUAAGGGAAUAACUAUCACAAGAAUGAGAUGAGUGGAUCCAAUAUUUAUUUUUAUAUACUUUCAAGGGAGGAGUCCUUGCAAUUAGGGAAUGUAUAAAAAAACUGUGAGAAAGACAAAAAAACAGAGAGAAAAAUGAUAUAGCAAAAUAAAAUUAAUUAUUAUUCGUGGAAUUGCCCAGCAACAGUUGUGUAACUAAAGUGUAAACGAUAUCACCCAAAUAUUCAUAUAUUGUAAUACUUUAUAUGGAAAUAAGAAGAAUAAAUAACUAUUUUAUUUGCAUAUUUUUCUUUAUUUUCAUUUUCUACAAACAAAUUCCCCCCUUGGGAUGAAUAAAGUAUCUAACGGUAAUCUGAUCUAUUACCUCUAGGGGGCAGCAUGCUUGGAUUUGGUAUACAUGUCAAGGAAGAAGAAAGGGCUUCUCUGCGCAUGCGCAGAAAUGAAGGCAGGCUAAUAAGUAUUUAUUGGCUUUUGUUGGAUCAUAUUACGUUAAUUUCCUACAAUUUCACACUGCGGUUUACAGCCAAGUGUGUGAUUUAAUCUUAUUAUUUAAUCUUUUUUUAAGGCUCAAAUCAUGUUUUUCUCCCUUCGUUCUUCAACGAGGCUUUUAUUUUGAAAGUUGUUUUUUAUUUUUACUCUUCCUGUCUCCGCUUCUCCGCAGGUAGUUUUAAAAACCACGGAGGGAAGAAGCUCUCCGGUGUUUACCGGCGCCGUGAUGGCGUCAGACGCGUCGCUGUGAAGUUGUAUUUAGUCCUUAAGAGACGCCAUUGAACCUCGGAGCGAUGCAAACAUCAGAGGCUCAGCCGCCGCUGGUGUUCUUUGACUUGGAGACAACCGGACUGGGCCGGACCUGUGAGAUCGUCCAGCUGGCUGCAGCGAGCGGCGGCCACUCCCUCAACCUCUACGUCGUGCCCCCGUGUCCGAUGCAGCGGGGGGCCUCCAAAGUGACCGGCUUCAGGGUCCGCCGGCGGCGGCUGUACCUCCAUCGCCGACUCGUCCCCACCAACUCCCUGCGAGAGGUCCUGGUCUCCUUCGUGGCUUUCCUCCGGAUGCUCGGCCGCCCGCUCGUCCUCGGGCACAACAUCCGCCGCUUCGACUGCCCGCUGCUGGCCCGGGCUCUCGACGGACUGGGCCUCAGGGCGGAGUUCGAGUCGGCGGUCUCCGGCUGCGUGGACACCCUGCCGCUGGCCCGGGAGUCGCUGAAGGGCCGCGGCCUCCGGAGCUUUGGCCAGACGCACCUGGUCAGGGAGCUGCUGGGCGUGGACUACAAGGCCCACGAUGCUCUGGAGGAUGUGCGGGCGCUCCAGGCUCUGUACGGUGUGCUCCGGCCCACGGAGGAGUCGAUCUGCAGGCAGCGGUUUACUCUGGACACCAUGGAGGGCAAACCGGCCGUCUCGAGGGUUGCAUCUAAAGAGCCGCCGGGACAGCGCCCCCUGUGGGAGAACUUCAGACCGACGGUGGAGGUCACGGACGGAAAAGACGACCGGGCCACGAGGUAGAACGUGUGAAACCCGCCGAUGGAGACUGAGCCUCGAGUUCUUCUUCCUCGAUUGGCUUCGUCAGUGUGGAGUUUCCAUUCUGUGCUCAUCGGUCAAAAUUAUUCCAAAAAAAAAAACGUGCACUUAAAAAUGUAUUGCGCAAUACUGACCAGACUGGAGACGUGAGGGUCAGUUGUGUUUAUGUGAAUUUCACGGUUGUUAAAAAAUUACUGGAAACAGAAAGACAAAAAUAGUUUGUGUGAUUCAUAAAAUGUCAUCGAUAUUUGUAUAUAGUUUGGUUACUGGAGGAAAUGUUAUGCACUUUUAUUCUGAAUUUAAUGUUUAAAUAAUAGUCACGGAAUAUUUUCUAAUAAAUGUAUUGUAUAUCAA